GCGUCUGGCCGCUCUUCCAGCUGAUAGCUCGGCUGCUCACCAUGGUAGCCCACCUCAAGAUACCAUAACACAGUGGAAAGACCCUUAGCGAUUAUCGCAUUAGCUUGCCUUUAUUUAUUUAUGUGUUUGCGGCUAAAAAUGACACAUCUCGUCCCGAGUACAGCGGACGUCACUACAGGCUGACCCGAUAAAGCGAGACGUUUGUUGGUGUGGAAUUGCGGGCUAUAUAACAUAUUGGCAGGGUCUAGUAUAGCAAAGCCACUGCUGUCCUUUUGCCGUCUACUUGCUCUCAGAUGAAGCUAACGGGCUAGCCUUGCUACGGAGCGCCGUCUUGACACAUGAUACGGACGCCCUUUGCGGAGGCACCCCGUUACUCGCAAGGCGAGACAUUGGAUCAGCAGAAAUAACCCUCCUAUAAAACUAUGAUCAUCGACAAACAAGAGGCCGACCGGCUGAUCGAGAAGGCGAAGCUGUGCCUGCGGUCCGGACGCAAAGAGAAGGCUCUCCAGCUGCUCUACGAAGCCCAGAAGAUCUACCCCAGCACCAGGGCCAGAGUGCUAAUUGAUGCCAUCUUGAGGAACGGCUUCACUGGAUCUCCUCCAGACGACCAGGUUCCUCCCCCGUCCGGCUGGCGGGACCAGGACUUUGGGACCAGAGAUGGAGAGGGAGGAGGAGGAGGUGGAGGAGGAGUAAGCGGGGACGAGAAGAAGAGUUACACCGAGGAGCAGCGCCAAGGUGUUCACAGGAUAAAGAAUUGUAGGGACUUCUAUGAGAUCCUGGGCAUUGCCAAGACUGCCAGUGAUGAAGACCUGAAGAAGGCCUACAGGAAGCUGGCACUGAAGUUUCACCCGGACAAGAACUGUGCCCCCGGAGCCACAGACGCAUUCAAAGCCAUCGGGAACGCGUACGCCGUUCUGAGUAACCCGGAGAAGCGGCAGCAGUACAACCAGUACGGCGAGCAGCCCCACCCGGGCGCCGGCCCCCCGACGCAGACGGCCCAGGCCCGCAGCGCCCGCUACCGCAGCUUCAACCGGGACUUUGAGGCCGACAUCAGCCCCGAGGAGCUCUUCAACAUCUUCUUCGGUGGGAGGUUCCCUACAGGAAACAUCCAUGUCUACACCAAUCAGGGUGCUUCCUACUCCCAGUUCUACCAGCCGCGCCGUCGGCGGGCCUUCGAAAGGCGGGAAGAGGAGCCGGAUGCGAACGCCAGCCAGAACACGUUCACAGCGUUCCUGCAGCUGCUCCCAGUGUUGGUGUUGAUCCUCAUCUCCGUGUUCACCCAGAUGAUGGCCACGAACCCCCCUUACAGCCUCUUCUACAAGCCGGCGAUGGGCCUGGUGGUGUCAAGGGAGACCCAGCACAUGGGCGUGCCAUACUACGUUGACAAGAGCUUUGAGAAGGAGUACCGGGGAGAGUCCCUGGACGAGCUGGAGAAGACCAUCGAGAGCGAUUACAUCGACCACCUGCAGACCAGCUGCUGGAAAGAGAAGCAGCAGAAGUCAGACCUGGCCAACCUGGGCCAGCUGUACAGAGACGACCGGCUCAAGCAGAAAGCAGAGUCCAUGCGCCUGGACAACUGUGAGAAGCUCAACCGCUUCAUCGGACGGCAGAGGGGCGAUUAAAGUCGUGGAACACGAAAAGAAACAAGAACAAGGCUGGCUUCAUUUGUCAGGUUCGUCUUGGGAUUAGGAAAGUCUUUUUUUUUUGUUUUAUUUAAAGAAUCAAAAGGACUGGAGAAGAAAGUCGGAUUUACGAGAAAUGAUACGGAUGAAUGAUGGAUUUUUGAGAAAGCGUUUUUGGUUUGGUCGGCCAUGUUUGCAGACAGCUGGUGUUUUCCUUUUCCAGUUUGAGGGAAGAGAAGUGUCUGGCAGCCUUGGGGGGGAUUUGAAGGGGAAAAAGGAAAAAGGGGGAAACGCUCGCUGGUGGCAACAGCGGUACACUGUAGGCUUUGUACUUUCUUAUAUUAAGGAUCUCUUAGGGGCUGAAAUGUCCGGAAUGUUCUGGGGCUUUUUUCCACACGAUCAUGUCCGUGUCCCUAACGGUAGUUCUUCUAACCAACUGACAUAAUAUCCAGAUUUAUUUAUUUAUUUAACUUAUUUUAUUGUAGUCCUGUGAUUGAGCUAAUUUAAAAGAAGUAGUGUUUCAUAUAUAUCGUGUAUGAAGUAACAUAAAAUUGCCACUACUGUGACUGUUGAUUCUGUACUAUACCAAUGCAGAACUUGUACUUGUUAACAUGAAAUUAGCUUGACAAGUAUAAAUAAUUUCCCCUGGUUUCUUUCAUGUAUUAGGACCGUGUAGUUGAAAAGGUAGUGAACAUAGCAUAAUUUAAACAAACACAUUAUAUCAUGUGUUUGUUUAUUUUUACGCUAACAUAUUAAUAUAUUGUUCUUGGUUAAAAGGCUUGCACCUUCCAAAAAAAAAUACUAAUGUAUAAGCUGUUGUUUUGUCACCCCUAUGAUACAUUAUAUGUCAUCCUUAAUAUGUUCACUUUUUGUUAAGAUUUAACCAUUCAACGUUCUACUGUAAAGGGUUAGCCAAAAUUAUACGUUUUCUAAUGUUUCGCUAAUGGUAUAAAUGUAACGAUUCUUAAAAGAUGGCUACUGUAGCUUGGUUGUCACAAGCAGGUACCGGUACUCUGUCCCAUCUCUUCACCUCACUGUUUAAUUUGGGAGAUCUGACUUUCCGGAAACUCCUGAUGGUCAUGCAUGUUCACACUUCAACAAGGAUAGAAAAAUUCUUUCUCUGAAAAAAAUGACUGGAAUGCGGCACCAAGUUCAACAACAACACAGGAAUAUUUCACGAUCGAUCUGCGUUUCUACAUACAAGAAAGAUAUUUUCCUUUGAGUAGGAAUCCUCAAAGACUUUUCUAUAGCCUCUCCACUAGCCUCUUAACCUGGACAACCUGUACAGUGGCAUGACCUCCACAUGACCCGAACUGUUCCCUGUGCUUCCACACCAUCCUGACGUUCUGCAAACCUGUCUUAAUUUAAAAAACGUAACCUCAUAUUCAACUAGACUCUCUGACGUUCACAUGUCAUUAUGAUGCAGUCAGGCUGUUUCUUGACCAGGUUCAUCUCGAUGCACCCGAAUGUCCUUUCACCCUACCUUUGCUCUACCCUAGUGAACUCCCCCCCAAAUACACACACACACACACACACACACACACACACACACACACACACACACACACACACACACACACACACACACACACACACACACACACACACACACACACACACACACACACACACACACACACACACACACACACACACACACACACACACACACACACACACACACACACACACACACACACACACACACACACACACACACACACACACACACACACACACACACACACAUUUCCUGUAACCCAGUGAGUGCGUGACCGUUCACGCUCUUCCUCCUUAAGCUUUCACCCCCUCUGCUGCAUGCCCCCCAGUAGGCAGGCCCCAGCGAUGUCUUUCAUUAAUAUACUCUUUACCUGAACAACCUGUUCCCUUCUGACCCUCGCUGUUUCACACAUUCAAAUAACCUGGACAGUAUUUGUGUGACAUAUACACAUUGCUUUAAGGCAGAAUGAUCAGCAACCAAAACUAAAAUUUCAUUUUUCAAAUGCAUUAGCAAAUUAUUAUUUUUAGUUCACUUUUUAGAAAGAUAACUACGAUACUGAAGAAUUCAUUUUUUUAAAUGAAGUAUAUCAAACAAUAUUUCAAAUGAAAAUUGUGUUUAAAUAGAUUUCGGCCUGUCUAUCAAAUAGAUUUAAUGAAUGGAAUUCUAGCCUUUUGGCUGCUUAUUAUUGAUCCAGCCAGUGGUUUGAAAGGAAACAGCUGUAUACAGGUAUGUAUACAGCUACAGGUGUGUGUACAGGUGUAUACAGGUACAGGUGUAUACAGGUACAGGUGUACACAGGUGUGUAUGCAAGUGUGAGUACAGGUGUGUAUACAGGGAUGUAUACUGGUGUGUGUAUAGGUACAGGUGUGUGUACAGGUUUAUACAGGUAAAGGUGUGUAUACAGGUGUAUAUACAGGUAUAGGUGUGUAUACAGGUUUAGGACUAUGUACAGGUGUAUACAGGUAUAGGUGUGUGUGCAGGUGAAUCGUGCGGACACCUGUUGGUAUGUGUUGUUUGUAUGAAGCACAAUAUCAGGCUGGUUUAUUAAAUUCUUCUUUGACAGUUA